AUCUAAUCCAAAUCUACGUAAUGCUGUGAAUUUAGAUGCAUUAGAUAUGAUAGAUAAAUCACCAAGACGAUAUCGUCAAGUUGUAGCAGAAUGUAUAGCUACUAGUAAUAAAUUAGAAGAACAAUACAGGUCAGAAAUGGAGAGAAAUGAAAAUAAGAAAAAAUAUAUUGAUGAAAAUAAACCUGUUAAAACAGCUAGUAGGAAGAUUAGUAAAUUAUCUUUUGAAGAUUAUUAUACAACAUGGUGUGGUAUAGCAACAUCUAAAUCAAAAGAAGUUGAUACAAACCCUUUAUUAGAUAAGUUACGAGAGAAACCAGAGUUACAGAAAACACACAUGGCUUUACGUCCAGAAGAUAUAGAAGAACAAAUCAAAAAACAAAUUGAAGAACAUACCAUGUUGAUGUAUGGGAAAUUCGACUCCAAACCAACAGUCCAAGAUGAAAAAGAAGCCAAACUUGCCAGGUUACAGAAAAUGAAAAAGAUUUAUUUACCUCCAAGAGUUUCUCCUUCACCAGCCUCACAAGAUAUUGUUUUAGGUGGUUCACUACAUACAUCAUUACAUGGUAAAGAGGAACCCUGGGAGAAGGAAGUAGAUGAUUUAGUAGAAUGGACUAAUAAUCUGGAUACAACAACUAUUGAUACCUAGUAUAGUACAUC